AUGGACGAGGAGAAUACUAUCGACUCAGUGGCGAGGAUGGUCAGCUCUUUUCGAUCGAGUAAUGCGGAUGGGAAGACGGAGGAAGAAUACCUGGAAAUUAUCAGAAAUCUAAUCGGUCACCUACACGAACGAGUGGGCCUCACCAAAUCCCUGAAGAUAUUUGACAUACUCCCGUUGGAAAGUGAAACCCUAUGUAGAAUAGAACAGAUUAUCUUGCCGGCGUUGAAAGGAAAGCUACGGUCGUUAUCACUCGCGUUUAAUUCACCCAACUCGCAAAAUGAUGCAAAUUCCUGGUACGAUGUGAUUCUGAACAGAUUGAUAGAAAUCAACAACUAUCUGGAGCAGCUUGAGACGUCGAUGGGCCCGGUUCGGCGCGACGACGUGCCAAAAAGAGAAAUUUUUCCUUUCAGAGUCAUCGUCAUUUCAGGUCAAGUUUUCGACUUGUUUUCCAGGGGACUUUGUCGAUUAUUUGCCGCCUGUCAGACGUUUUUUGAUCAGCUCAACUUUUCAAACCUCUCAAGUUCAAGGAUCAAUCAAGGACGUGAUAUCGCCAGACUAACCACUGUCUCUGUUGAAAAAAUUGACGAUCUCAUUCCAACGCUUCAAAAACCUCUGUUGCGAGUGGCCAAGGAGGAAUGGAAAGCGUUUGUUGACGGGAUGAAUUACCAGUUCAAACAACCAGUUCAAAGACCAGGUCUCAACGUGAUCGACCCGGAUGAUUGGAUUUGGGCACUGGGAAACGAAGUACGAGAUAAGUCAUUCAAAGCUGCGACUCCCGUCAGCAAGUUAUGCCGGAUAUUCUUCAAUCAACUUUCGCGAUCCACCGUCAAUCAGCCAUUGAUAUUCGAUUCUCCAUCGAUGGAGAUGAAGGAGGAUCAAUUGAAUCAGUUUUUCCAUUUUUCCCGGAAGACUGAUUAUACCAUACAUGAUUUUUUAGAGAAGAGCUUAAGUGACCCAACAGAUCGUCAAGCACUUCAGAUUCUCACCUUUCGUCUUGAAGGUAGGGUUGUCAAAUUAUCACAAAUUCUCGAAAGAUAUUGGGACGGAUUAUGGCGCAAGAAGGAUCCACAGGUUGAUCAAGAUGCGAUUGCCGAUGCGCGCGAAUGGCUCGAAUGCUGGAGUUCUCUGUUUUUCAUUGCGACUGAGAACUUUAUGCAAGUUACCGGUUGUAAAGAACUACGUUGGUGA